AUGCUAUUGGGUGGUGGUCCCGCUUAUGGGGUCAAAUCAAUACGCUCUAAGAAGAAAUAUUUGAAUAUCAAUCUCAUCGAUCUCAUAAGUAUCAUACCAAAUCCCAUCAAUCGAAUCACUUUUUCGAGAAAGACGAGACAUCUAAGUCAUACAAGUAAAGAGAUCUAUUCAUUGAUAAGAAAAGGAAAAAACGUGAACGGGGAUUGGGUUGAUGAUAAAAUAGAAUCCUGGAUCGCGAACAGUGAUUCGAUUGAUGAUGAAGAAAGAGAAUUCUUGGUUCAGUUCUCCACCUUAACGACAGAAAAAAGGAUGGAUCAAAUUCUAUUGAGUCUGACUCAUAGUGAUCAUUUAUCAAAGAAUGACUCUGGUUAUCAAAUGAUUGAACAGCCGGGAGCAAUUUACUUACGAUACUUAGUUGACAUUCAGAAAAAGUAUCUAAUGAAUUAUGAGUUCAAUAAAUCCUGUUUAGCAGAAAGACGGAUAUUCCUUGCUCAUUAUCAGACAAUCACUUAUUCACAAACUCCAUGUGGGGCUAAUCAUGUUCAUUUCCCAUCUCACGGAAAACCCUUUUCGAUUCUUUUAGCCUUAUCCCCCUCUACAGGUGUUUUAGUGAUAGGUUCUAUAGGAACUAGACGAUCUUAUUUGGUCAAGUGCCUAGAGACAAACUCCUAUGUUACUUUCAUUAUAGUAUUUCUAAACAAGUUCCUAGAUAACAAGCCUAAAUAUUUUCUUAUUGAUGAUAUCAAUAUUGAUGAUAGUGACGAUAUAGAUCGUCACCUUUGA